GCAGAGGCGCACACACACUGGCAAUGAUUAAAAAUGGCGCGGCCUCGCUGAUGGUGCGCCUCCUCCACCUGCCCCGCGCCGCAUCCGCCCCCACCUACCCCCGCCGCCGCCACCACCUUGCCCUCCUCCCCUCGCUCCGGCUACGAGUGCCGGCGCCCGCCGCCGCCGCCGCCAUGUCGAGUGCCGCGGCGGCGCAGGAGGUCGCCGACCAGAAGCGCGCGCUGCGGUCCGAGGUGCGGAGGGCGCUCAGGGCCCUCACCCCCGAGCAGCGCGCCAGCGAAGACCAGGCUAUUCAAAAUGCAAUUUUGAACUCUUCUUGGUUCAAAGAAAGCAAGCGGUUAUGUGCUUAUAUAAGCUGUGCACAAUUGCGGGAAGUUGAUACAUCAAAAGUACUGUCAGAAGUUUUAUCCCCAAAUUCUGAACAUGGACAUGCAAAGGAUCUUUAUGUUCCUCGAGUGGAAGAUAAGAAUCGCAAUAUGCGGAUGCUCAAAAUCACUACCAUGGAUGAUUUAGUUAAAAAUUCAAUGAACAUUCUAGAACCAUCACCACUUGAUGCUAGUGGGAAUGCUCGUGAAGAAGUGUUGUCAACCUCUUCCCCUGUUGAUCUUUUUCUAUUGCCUGGACAAGCUUUUGAUAGGACUGGACGAAGAUUAGGACGUGGUGGAGGGUACUAUGACACAUUCUUGAUGAGAUAUCAAGAACUUGCUAAAGAGAAAGGGUGGGAUCAGCCUCUUCUAGUCGCGCUUUCAUACUCGGUGCAAAUUUUGGAGGAAGGCAUCAUCCCAGUCAACUCAACAGAUGUUCCUAUUGAUGCUCUGGUCUCAUCCUCUGGCAUCAUUCCAAUCAGUCCUGCAGCAUUGGCGAGGAUAUAAUUGAGCUGAUUGGUUUCUGCUUUGCGUUGACAGUCAACCUCUCUUCCCUGAACAACACUUUUUUAGAUAAUGCUUCACCAAAGCUGAGAAAUUUUUCGAUCAAGUGAUUUUGUUACGCAAUGUAUCUGUAUUCUGAAUAUGAAUUGAUUUUGUCUGCGUAUUGUAAUGACAACUUUGAUCAAACAUACAAUAAGUUCAAUAUAUAUUCAUAGAGGACUAUGGACCUGAA